AUGAAUGCGGAGGGAUACAACUCCGCAGAUCUGACAUCUGUUUUGAGGACGCUAUCAGCUCUGUCAAAUAAUCCAAGUCAUCAGGAUUAUCAAAACAAUCCUCCUUCUGUCCAUAUAUCGUCUCAUCUCCCCGUUCAGCGAAGAACGCAGGACGAGGAAGAUGACUCGUAUGAGCCUGCAGAAGCUUCACCCCCAUUUCCUGUAGCUCAAGUACAUUCAAAUCAAACUUAUCAGAGAACCACAGGGGCUCAUGCGCCCUCAGCUAAAGCUCCUCUGCAUCCUAAUGCACCAAGCAGUAUUGCGGACUCUUCUUCCAUCACCACAUGGCCUGCCGCACUACAACAUGUGAUGCGGGCAGUAUCGCAGAAUGAAGACGCACAACGACGAAUUCGACGACUGAUCCAAAGCCAGCACGACCACGAGAGACAGUGGUGGCAAGGACGAGAAGCUUUGCUCAAGAAGCAGAAGGCUCGUGUAGAGAAGAAGAAGGAGCUAGAUGCAGUUCUGCGCUCUGUUGGGGCACCGGUUGAUGAUACAAAACAAGUCUCGACAGCCGAAGAAGAUCAAGCAGAGUUGAGAAACUACAAUGCAAAAGUCUACAGAGCUUCCAAACAAAUGGCGGAAGCGAUGACAUGCGAGCUUCGAAAUCUGGGGAUUCCCUUCUUCACCAUCAAGGAAAGCCUGAUCUCUGACGCACCGAGAGCUUUGCAAAAUGGAAAUUCCAGACGCCAUCAAUCCGGUGAGUCGGCCAGUCAACACCAGGCCUUGCUCUCGAGGGACGAAUUGUCCGUGCUCCAGCGUCGAAUGCUGGAGUUGCUGCUAGAUCUCUACAAGGAAUGA